AUGAACAACAAUGGUGUCCAGCCGCGCAACGAAAAUGGCUUUGCUCCUCACCUUGGUGGCACUGCCCUCGGCGGACCCUCUGGAAAUGACGAAGAUGGCAGCUUCACCACUCCUUAUGCUGCCAAUGUCCACACCCAUUCCAAUGUCAACGAGUACAGCAAGGAUGACCACUCCGUCAAGGUCAAAGACACCCACGUCCACCCUCCUUAUGUUGGCCCCGGUCCCUACGGCCCUGCUCUGGGCCCCGGUGCUGGUCCUUUCCCUGUCAAGCGCGGCUGGCCUUCCGGCGGCACUGCUGAGGGUGGCCCCUCUGGCAAUGAUGAGGGCCAGUCCUUCAACAUGCCCAUCACUGGCAACUUCCAGACUGAUGUGAACGAGUCAAGCGAUGAUGACCAUUCCGUUAAGGUCAAGGACACCCACGUUCACCAUGCCCCUGUCAUCGCUCCCGUCCACCCCGUUGCACACUUCGAUGCUCGUCCGGCUGGACACCCUCAUGAUGUUGAGGGUCCUCCCCACUUCAACGGUCGUCCCCAUUUCGAAGGCCCUCCUCAUUUCGGAGGUCCUCCCCACCCUCAGGGACCUCCUCACUUCAACGGUCCUACCGAAUUCGAGCCCGGCCACAAGGGCCCCACCAACUUCGAGCCUGGACACAACGGUCCUACCGACUUCGAGCCCGGCCACCACGGCGAGGGUCCCAAUAUCGAUGCUGCUCCGCAUGUCGAGGGCACUCACGUCGGCCCUACCGGCGGUAUUCACCAGGCCAAUGACAACAACAACAAUAAUGACAACGGUGAUCACUUCCACAUUGCGGCCACUGACCUGCACCACGACUGGCAGAAGCGCUUCGGCCCCCCUGAGGUUGGUGGGACUGCUCUUGGAGGACCCAGCGGCGGUGGCCACGGCCCUGCUGGCUUCCACGGCCAUGGCGGCGGCGGCACCGCCCUUGGUGGCCCCUCUGGCGAUGAUGGUGGCAUCAACUAUGGCCGACCCAUCGACGUCGACACUCACGCCGGCGUGAACGAAUACAGCAAGGACGAUCACUCCGUGGAUGUCAAGCACACCGACAUCUACCCUGCUCCCGUCUCGCCUUUCGGCCCUCCCUUCAAGCGUGGCUGGGGACAUGAGCACGGCGGCACUGCCCUUGGAGGUCCCUCGGGCGACGAUGAGGGCCAGUCCUUCAACAUGCCCAUCACUGUGAACACUCACACUGGAGUGAACGAGUAUAGCAAGGAUGACCACUCCACCUCCGUCAAGAACAAGCACAUCACUGAUAACCCUGUCAUUGCUGGCGGUCCUGGCCCCUACAUCCCUGAGGGUGGUGUCUUCCGCCGUGCCUACGCUCCUGACCGCGUCGCUGGCGGCGGUGGUGGUGGCACUGCUGAGGGUGGUCCUUCUGGGGACGAUGACGGUGUCAACUUUGGCAAUCCCACCUCCGUUGGUGUCGACAGCAAUGUCAAUGAGCACCACGAGGACAACCACUCUGUCAAGGUCGAUGACACCCACGUCGACCCCCCUCAUUACGCUGUGCCUGAGUACCCUUGGAUGACCUAUCCCGAGGCCACCUACGAGGUCCCUAGGUCCCCCCCUGUUCACGAGACCCCCGAGGUCCACCAGGAUCCUCGCGAGGACCACGAGGAGGUUCCGCAGUGCCACGCUGAGACUCACGAGGUCGUCCGUACUGUGACCAAGACGCAGUACAAGGAGGUUCACCCCACUGAGACGGUCUACCAGCAGCCUGCCACGUCGGUUGUUGUUCAGACCAGCGCCGUCCCUAUGGGGUCCACCCCAAUGGACCAGCCUGCCUCCAAGGUGAUGUCCAGCGUCGUCUAUGGCACCCAGGCUGUGCCCGCUCCGUCAUCCACCCACCGUCCCUACCAGAGCUACAACUACAACUCUCAGCGCCCUAUGAGCACUCCUGCCUACUCCAUGAUCCCUGUUCACAUCCCCAUGGCUAGCCCUUCCGCCAGCGCCUCGGCCUCGCCUUCCCACGGCACAAUGUUCACUGGCGCUGCUAGCCGUGUCUCUGGUGGCCUCUUCUCGGCUGCCGCUGCCGUCGCCGGUGUCCUUGCCUUCGUCCUGUAA